CUUGGAAGAAAGAAACUCACAAAAAAACUUAAAAUGUGCGCCAAAAAUAGUCUCAAAUUAUCUUUAAAUAAAGUCUAAAAGCCAUCGGCUAACAGCUAAAGUCUACAAGCUAUCGGCUAACAGCUAACAGCUAUCAGCUAACAGCUACAGUUAUUAUUCCAGUUCGGCUCUGGCAUCACAUUGACUAAAUGGAUCAAUUUAAGAAGAAAGAGACCCCUGGAGCUCAGUCUGGCGGAGCUCCACUUCUAAGCUGCUGCUUCUCCCAUGACGUCACCGGAAGUCCUGCGGUCGCUCUUUAGCUGUUCUAAUGAAGAAACCGAAAGGAAAAGAGAGACGUCACAGCUGUCAGCAAUGUGACAAAUCCUUUACAACAACUGGAAAUUUAAAGAGCCACCUGCUUAUUCACACAGGAGAAAAACCGUUCAGCUGUGAAGAGUGUGGGACAACUUUCGCUCAAUCAAGUCAUCUCAAAAGACAUCAACGUAUUCAUACAGGAGAAAAACCGUUCAGCUGUGAAGAGUGUGGGAAAACUUUCGCUCAAUUAGGUAAUCUCAAAAUACAUCACCGUAUUCAUACAGGAGAAAAACCGUACUGGUGUGAAGAGUGUGGGACAACUUUCACUCAAUCAGGUGCUCUCAAAAUACAUCACCGUAUUCAUACAGGAGAAAAACCGUACUGGUGUGAAGAGUGUGGGACAACUUUCACUACAUCAGGUGCGCUCAAAAUACAUCAACGUAUUCACGCAGGAGAAAAACCAUAGUGGUGUGAAGAGUGUGGGAAAUCUUUUUCUCAAAGUAUUCACCUUUAAAGUCCAUGAGCGAAUGCACACUGCAUUGUUUUGAAGAACUAUGAGAGCCAAGCCAGCUGUUUC